AGAUCAAUAUUGAAAUUGUUGAGAAAGAAAUAUAAUGUUAAAAACAGUCUGUUGUGCCAUAUUAGUUGGGCUGACUUCGGCAAUACAAAAUGUUUUUGAAGAAGUGGCUCCACCGAAUUUCAGCAGCACCCCUGAUCAUGAUAACAGUCCCUGGGAAUCCCCCGGACCACCAUAUUCAAGUUUUCAGAAGGAAUCAGAGGACAAAAUUAGACUCCCGCGAACACUUCAUCAACAGGUGUUAAAUGAAAGGAAAACCCUCCCCGGAGCUUUUCUUCCCGGCCUAGGAAUUGUCAGAAAUUUUAAAUCCAACAUCGAUUCUUCUAGGAACAUUCGACAGUCAAGUGGAGUAGACAGUGGGUUGGAGCCAGUCAUUUUAGACAACUCUAUUAUUAUUAUUAUUAUCAUCAGUGUGCUGGAUGAUCAAAGUAUAAUUGACGAUGUUGGAAAUAUCGUCAGCUUCACAGCUGACACCAGUUCCCCUGUUGUCGGCAGCGCUAUUAGGGAUUUGUCAGCGGUGCUGGAAGAAAAUACUUUGUCAGCAGAAGAUGUUGAUAUAUUAACCCCCAGUAGUGUCAGCUUGAGAGGAGACACGCCUCCUGCCGCUCUCAGGAAAUCCGAUGAAAAAUGCGAAUAUAUUCAAAUGAAAGGCGGAGUUUUAGGAGAUAACUGUAUGAAAGGAGGAAUGAGUUGUGAAAGAAAAUGCAGUUUUGAAAUGUCUCCACCAGAGUGCACUGAAGUUGAGGAGACUGUGUGUGAGGAUGUGCCCGUGGACCGGUGUGAGAUGGUGAUGGACAAGUCCUGCAAGACGGUCCAGGAGGAGGUCUGUGACAACCCUCAAGACCCCGACAUCAUGCAAGAAUGUGACGUCAUACUUGAAGAGAAAUGUACAACGGUUGAAGACUCUGUGUGCAGGAACACUACUAAGAUGGCGUGUACAACAGUUGACAAAGAGGCUUGUACAACACUCAAAGAACAGGUUUGUCGACCCAGUGGAGACUCUAACUGUCGACAAGUUACAGACCGAGUUUGUAAUCUAGUGCAGGAUGUCGUGUGUCGGAAUAUUACAGAAAAUAGGUUUGAGGAAAAAUGUUGGACAAUUGAAGAAGAGGUCUGUAAAACGGUUUAUGAUACAGUUUGGGAAAAUAAGUGUGAAAUGGUGAAUAUUACUGUCCCUCAGAGAGAUUGCAAUGUCAAGGAAACUUUUGAGAUGGAGGAGAGAUGCGAGAUAGUGAAUGCUACCUCAACUAUGCCUAUCUGUGUAACAGUUAAGGAUCAGAUUAGUGAGGAGGAUUGUGAGACGGUAGAACCCUCAGACCUGUGUUUUGAGCAGUCCUGUACAGACAUAUCCGUUCCUACUUUCAGAAAAGAAUGCAGAGAAGUUCCCCAAGAGAUGUGUGAAGUUGUGAUUGAACAAACAAUGGACAAGAAGUGUACAGACGUAGAACAAACAGAAUACAGUGAGGAAUGCACUUCAGUUGUAGAGAAGGAAUGUACAUCAAAAGAGGAGCUUGAAUGUGAAGAGACCCCAGUUUCUCCCGAUACAGGAUACGGAGUUCCACAGGCUGAGGUAUUGACCACAUCACAGUUCGCUCGAACACCAAAACAGGUUUCUGGUGGAUUUGGAAGCAGGGUUGGAGAACGUUGGAGAAGGAAAAGUAUUCUUAGUCGUACACCAAUAAAGGAGAAGCAUGAUGAAGAAAGCAAAGAUAAUGAUGAUGAUGAUGAUGAUGAGAAUGAAACAAGAAGAAAACGCGCAAUUGCAGAGAAUGAAGACGACACGGUGACUACAGAAUCUGUUAUCGUGGAACGGGCCGCGCAUUUUGGAGACAGACAACCUUUUGCUGGAUCUGUCGACAGAGAAGAGUGUACAGAGGUCACAGUAAACAAUCCUAAACAAGUUUGUACGCAAAUACCAAAACCGGUUAAAGAGGUUGUCUGUGAGACUCUCAAUAAACCUAUUGAACUGGAGGAGAUCUGUAUAGAUAUUGAUAUCCAACUUCCAAGGGAGGAAUGCCGGAAAGAAUCUAGAGAAGAGUGCAGGGAGGAAUGUAAAACAGUUCCUCGAGAGGAAUGUAGAGACGUUGUGGCAAAAUCUAAACCUGGAGAAUGUCGCCUUAACACUAGGCUGGACUGUACAGAUACACCCAGGAAAAGUGAAAACUGUGCAAUGGAGUGUGAACCGGUUUUCUGGUGUAAACAGUGUAAAUAA